GUCACAUCCUGCUGGGAUAGAAGUGGAGAUAUCUUUAUGCGGAAGUAUGUGAAAGAAAACAAAUAGGUAGACUAUUCCCGAAUUAAAACAUUUGAAGACCUCUCAAACAGUAUUUUCAUUUGCAAUUGUCAUUAUCGUGACAUAAACAGCCACACGAAAGACCUCAUACACGAUGGAGUUCUUGUUUGGGAAGAGGAAGACCCCGGAGGAGAUGUUGAGGCAAAACCAGAGGGCACUGACUCGGGCCAUGAGAGAUCUGGACAGAGAGCGACAAAGACUGGAGCAGCAGGAGAAGAAAAUCAUAGCUGACAUUAAGAAAAUGGCCAAACAGGGACAGAUGGAUGCUGUGAAGAUCAUGGCGAAGGACUUGGUUCGUACAAGGCACUAUGUGAAGAAAUUCAUUAUGAUGAAGGCAAAUAUCCAAGCAGUCAGCCUGAAGAUCCAGACUCUAAAGUCAAACAACAGCAUGGCACAAGCGAUGAAAGGUGUUACCAAAGCAAUGGCUACCAUGAACAGACAGAUGAAGUUGCCACAGAUUCAGAAGAUCAUGAUGGAGUUUGAACGACAGAGUGAGAUCAUGGACAUGAAGGAGGAGAUGAUGAAUGAUGCCAUAGACGAUGCCAUGGGUGAUGAGGAUGAUGAAGAAGAGAGUGAUGCUGUUGUGUCCCAAGUGUUGGACGAGCUGGGCCUCAAUCUCUCUGACGAACUCUCAAAUCUGCCAUCCACGGGUGGUAGCCUCUCCGUAGCAGGUGGGAAGAAAGCUGAACCCCAGCCAGCCCUGGCAGAUGCAGAUGCUGACCUUGAGGAGAGACUGAAUAACCUCAGGAGAGACUGAGUGUGGAAAAACUGGCACGCAACAGCACUUUGGCAGCCUGGCGUUUAAUACAGAUACACAUGUACUCAGCAACUCAAAUCUCUGUACAUACAUUUAUUUGGGUAACAGAAGUGGAGGAACACUGGAGGUUUUCAGUGAGAACUCUGUUAUGGUAUAUAAGCUUUUUUGUUGCAGGUAUUAUUUUUUCGCUUGCAGUAUGUUAUCUUUAAUCAAUGACGGAUCAGAAUCAUUAUCCAUACAAUUGUUCUCUUAAAAAUAUGAAGCAUUCUCUUUAGGGGGUAUAUUUUAAUGCCGUUUAAAUACACCCAGAGGCAUGCAUUACACUCCUUGGGUAAAUUGAACACUAUAUUCACUUUAAAAUCAUUAGACCAUCCUAUUAAAGUAAACAUUUUGUAUAUUUGAUGUACAAGUAUCAUUACAUUUGUACAUAAUGUCAACUUUUAGUGGUGUGCAGGCAUACAGUACACAUUGCCAGAUAACAUUAACAUGAUUUAGUAAUGGUUUUACUGUUUGUUACUUGCUAGCUUUUUAUUUACUUGGAGACUUUGAAUAACAUAAGGAUUCAGAGGUUUCAACAAUACCAUUAUCGUAACGUCCUUUUGUGAGUUAAAUGGUUUCAACAAAAAUACUUAAGUGGGGUCAAAUAUGUCUAUUGUUUGGCAAAUUUUUCUCCAUGUCAAAUGUCCAAAAAGGGGGCACUCACUUGAUGGUGCCUGGUAAAACUGAAAUAGCCUUUUUUAUCCUAGGACUGUAGUCAUUGAGUUGUCAUGAUAAUCAAUGUAAUAUUUAUCGAAAGGGUGAUGGAAGGUGUGGUGGUUUGUAUAAGAAAUUCCUAUUUUGCCUUUAUUCAAUAAACAUUUUUUUUUUACAUUUGA